UAACCUUCUUACUACUACUGGAAGAAGACUCCUGAGGCGGCAUCGUCCAGGGCCCACCGUAGACACCGUCGCCAGCCUGUGUUUCCGACGCAUCAAGACACGUACUGCCUCCACCCCCGUCAACAUCCCGUCUAGACCCCCCUCCUCAGAGUUCUUGGACCUGAGUUCAGCCAGUGAAGAUGACCUGGACAGUGAAGACAGUGAGCAGGAGCUGAAGGGUUACGCCUGCCGACACUGUUUCACCACCACCUCUAAGGACUGGCACCACGGGGGCAGAGAGAACAUCUUGUUGUGUACAGACUGUCGUAUCCACUUUAAGAAGUACGGCGAGCUGCCCCCCAUCGAGAAGCCCGUGGACCCGCCUCCGUUUAUGUUCAAACCCGUCAAAGAGGAUGAGGAUGGACUCAGCGGGAAACAUAGCAUGAAGACCAGACGCAACAGAGGAUCGAUGUCGACGCUUCGUAGUGGCCGGAAGAAGCAGACAGCCAGUCCUGAUGGACGAGCGUCUCCAACCAAUGAGGACCUGCGGUCUAGUGGCCGUACCUCCCCCUCCGCAGCCUCCACAGACAGCACUGACAGCAAGACAGACCCCAUGAAGAAACCCAGCAAGAAGAUUAAGGAGGAGUCUCCUAUGAAGAGUGCCAAACGCCAGAGAGAGAAGGGAGGAGCCUCAGACACAGAGGACACAGACAACAGGACAAGUGCCAAAAAGUCCAAGACCCAGGAGCUGGGUCGGUCCGACUCGCCGUCAGAAUGCGAGGGAGAGGGCGAGGGAGAGGGCGAGAGCUCCGAUGGGCACAGCGUCAACGAGGAGUGUAGCAGUGACGCUAAAGACAUCGACCAGGAUAACCGCAGCUCCUCGCCCUCCAUCCCCAGCCCCCGAGACGGGGAGAGUGACUCGGACUCCUCCGCCCAGCAACAGCUGCUCCUACUGCAGAGACAAGAGAGGGAGAGAGAGAGAGAGGGGCAGUCGCAGCACCCUCCGGUUAUCCAGUCCUGUCAGCCAGGGACCUCGGGUGGUCGUUCCACCACCCCUCCAUUACCUUCCACGUCCUCCUCAGCCCCCUCACUGGUCCCCCAGAUCCCACCCUCCUCCGCACCCCCCACUUCUCUUCCACUCCCUCUACCGCCUUCCAUGCCCCAACAGGCCGGCCCCCUCUCUCUCAACCAAUCAGGGGCAUCCAUCCACCCACAGCGGCGGCCCUCCCCCUCGCCUCAUUCUCCGCAGCAGGGGUUGUCUCAGGUUCCACCCCCAGGACCGCCAGGCUCCACCCAGUCGCUACCGAGCACGUUCCACGGCCCGCUGCCCCACCCAUCAUCCAUGCCGCACCCACUACAAACUGGCCCCUCUCACCUGCCCCACCACCACUCCCUGCCCCCUCAGAGCUUCCCAUUGGGCCCCCAGUCUCAGGUCCCGCCCUCCCCGCUCCCUCUCAGUCAAUCGCAGCAGCCGUCUCACAGGGCCCACACGCCCCCCAGCCAAUCAUCGUCGUCCCAGGGUGGCUCGUCCAAUCAGCCGCACCGCGAGCAGCCCCUACACCCCGCCCCUUCCAUGUCCAUGCCCCACAUCAAGCCCCCUCCCACCACACCCAUCCCCCACAUGCCCAACCGCGACCCUCAGUCUCACAAACACGGGCCUCCACACCUCUCAGCGCCCCCCUUCCCCCAGAUGCCCUCCAACCUGCCCCCUCCACCCGCCCUCAAGCCCCUUUCCUCCCUGUCCGCCCACCACCCUCCUCCUGCCCACCCUCCUCCCCUCCAGCUCAUGCCCCAGGGCCCAGGCCAGCAGCUCCAGCCUCCACCAGCCCAGCCCCCUGUCCUCACCCAGUCCCAGAAUCUCCCCCUUUCAGAGAGAGAGAGAGGCAGCCAGCAUCACCCUCCUCCUCCUCCUCUUCCCCUUUCUGGACCAUCACCGUCCUCCCACCCCAACACACCCCAACAGUCCCCGUUCCCUCCUCACCCCUUCGCCCCUGUCCUGCCCCUCUCCUCCUCUGGCUGUCCUCCCCCCUCCUCAUCCUCCUCUCUACCAGCAGGCCUCCAGCCCCCCUCUUCCUCCAUCUCCAUGCCCCUCCCAGCCUCCAUCGGCUCCGCCUGCCCAGGUCCCUCCGUCCCACCUGUACACAUCAAGGAGGAACCUCUCGACGAAUCAGAGGAGCCCGAGAGCCCUCCGCCCCCUCCUCGGAGCCCCUCCCCCGAGCCUACCGUCGUCAACACGCCCAGCCAUGCCAGCCAAUCAGCACGGUUCUACAAGCACCUGGACCGGGGGUACAACACGUGUGCUAGAACAGACUUCUACUUUACUCCUCUGGCUGCUUCUAAACUGGCCAAGAAGAGAGAAGAGGCGCUGGAGCGGGUCAAGAGGGAGGCCGAGCAGAAAGCCCGGGAGGAGAAGGAGAGGGAGAAGGAACGAGACAGAGAACGGGAAAGAGAGAAGGAGCAGGAGAGAGCUGUGAAAGCCUCCAGUUCGUGUCACGACGGCCGUAUGGGUGACCCCCAGAUGGGUGGCUCCGCCCACAUGCGUCCUCCCUUCGAUGGCCCCCCUACCUCCAUCGCCGCGGUGCCCCCGUACAUCGGCCCCGACACGCCCGCCCUGCGCACCCUCAGCGAGUACGCCCGCCCCCACGUCAUGUCCCCGACCAAUAGGAACCACCCCUUCUUCGUCUCCCUCAACCCCAACGACCCCCUGAUGGCCUAUCACAUGCCUGGCCUCUACAACGCCGACCCGGGCAUGCGGGAGCGCGAGCUGCGAGAGCGGGAGAUGAGGGAGAGAGAGAUGAGGGAGAGGGAGCUGAGAGAGAGGAUGAAGCCUGGGUUCGAACACAAACCCCCGGAACUAGAAGGCAUGCACCCCUCAGCGAACCCCAUGGAGCACUUCGCCCGACACGGGGCCAUCUCCUUACCAUCCAUGGCAGGACCGCACCCCUUCGCCUCCUUCCACCCAGGUCUCAACCCCUUGGAGAGGGAGCGUUUGGCGUUGGCCGCGGGACCCCAGCUCAGACCAGACAUGAGCUACCCGGAGCGGCUGGCGGCGGAGAGGCUGCACGCCGAGAGGAUGGCGGCGGUGGCCAACGACCCGAUCGCCAGGCUUCAGAUGUUCAACAUCACGCCUCAUCACCACCAGCACUCCCACAUCCACUCACACCUGCACCUUCACCAGCAGGACUCCCUGCACCAAGGUGGUGGUGAAUGUCUUGUGUGCCCUCCAGGUUCGGGGGGGCACCCCCUCGUAGACCCCCUGGCAGGAGGCCCCCACCUCGCCCGCUUCCCCUACCCGCCCGGCGCAAUCCCCAACCCCCUCCUGGGACAGAACCCACACGAACAUGAGAUGCUGCGACACCCGGUCUUCGGUACUCCGUACCCCCGGGACCUUCCUCCCCAGAUGUCCGCAGCCCACCAGCUCCAGGCCAUGCAUGCCCAGUCUGCAGAGCUGCAGCGGCUAGCUAUGGAACAGCAGUGGCUGCAUGGACAUCACCACAUGCACGGUGGCCCACUUCCUGGCCAAGAGGACUAUUACAGCCGGCUGAAGAAGGAAAGCGACAAGCAACUGUAACCAACCAAUGGGGACGCAGGAAGUUGCCUAGGACACAGGAACAGGAAGUAGUUACAGAGCGGUCUGUCAGUCAGAGGAACUCGAUCUCCGCUCCUCCAAACAUUUACCAUUACGAAGAACAACAAAAACUGAAGAAGAAAAAAAAGAGGAGGAUUUUUCUGUUUUUCCUUCCUUGUUUGUGGGUUGUUUGUUUUUUUUCGUUGUUUUUUUUUAAAGAACAUUGAGAGACUUUUGUUUGGUGUAACUAUAGCCUUAGUAGUGGCACCGACUUCAAGACUGAUUGUGACUUUCCUGCAUGAAACCUCCUCUAAAAGCUUCCACAACGUGUUUGUAGGUAACACACGUUCACUGUGCUAGUCGAUGGAAAGGAAACCAGGCAGAGAAAAGAACGUUCCAGACAUUUAUAUCCACGUAAAGAUUCAAAACAAAGUGCUAUUGUUAUUUUAAUACCUUAUUGGAGGUUUUUAUCAUUUGAACGAAAAGCUGCAGCAUGGCAUUUUUUGAGUCUGUAAAUAGUAUAUAUAUAUAUAUAUAUAUAUACAUAUAAUUAUUAUUAUUAUAAUUGUUACUAGGUGUGGACUCUGAACCAAGUCAUUUAUAAACCUCCAAUAUGUUAUUGUGUUCUGAAGCAUUAUGCCUUGUUUUAACGGGGGGGGGGGGGGUGACAUUACUAGAACAGCCAAAGGGUACAACGAUGGACCCAGUCCUGUGGUGUGGGGUACCUCAGAGAGCUGUUAAAGCCCCAGACUCUCACAGCGAUGGUCCCAGUCCUGUGGUGUGGGGUACCUCAGAGAGCUGUUAAAGCCCCAGACUCUCACAGCGAUGGUCCCAGUCCUGUGGUGUGGGGUACCUCAGAGAGCUGUUAAAGCCCCAGACUCUCACAGCGAUGGUCCCAGUCCUGUGGUGUGGGGUACCUCAGAGAGCUGUUAUAGCCCCAGACUCUCACAACGAUGGUCCCAGUCCUGUGGUGUGGGGUACCUCAGAGAGCUGUAUAGCCCCAGACUCUCACAGCGAUGGUCCCAUUCCUGUGGUGUGGGGUACCUCAGAGAGCUGUUAUAGCCCCAGACUCUCACAGCGAUGGUCCCAGUCCUGUGGUGUGGGGUACCUCAGAGAGCUGUUUAGCCCCAGACUCACAGCGAUGGUCCCAGUCCUGUGGUGUGGGGGUACCUCAGAGAGCUGUCUAGCCCCAGACUCACAGCGAUGGUCCCAGUCCUGUGGUGUGGGGUACCUCAGAGAGCUGUUAUAGCCCCAGACUCUCACAGCGAUGGUCCCAGUCCUGUGGUGUGGGGUACCUCAGAGAGCUGUAUAGCCCCAGACUCUCACAGCGAUGGUCCCAGUCCUGUGGUGUGGGGUACCUCAGAGAGCUGUAUAGCCCCAGACUCUCACAGCGAUAUGGUCCCAGGCCUGUGGUGUGGGGUACCUCAGAGAGCUGUUAUAGCCCCAGACUCUCACAGCGAUGGUCCCAGUCCUGUGGUGUGGGGUACCUCAGAGAGCUGUAUAGCCCCAGACUCUCACAGCGAUAUGGUCCCAGUCCUGUGGUGUGGGGUACCUCAGAGAGCUGUUAUAGCCCCAGACUCUAACAGCGAUGGUCCCAGUCCUGUGGUGUGGGGUACCUCAGAGAGCUGUUAUAGCCCCAAACUCUCACGUACACAAGACUGUCCCAUCCACCUCCUUUCAUUAUACACCUCUUGACAAGCACCAUAUUGUCAGACAGAAUGCCUGAACUUACUGGGUCGAGUUAAUGAUUUGAGACCCUUGAAGAGGACUGACUAUAUCUCAGAGUCACUGAGUCAUCUAUGGAUCAGCAUAUCCCCCUGCCCUAUCCUGUAGUGUACAAUACCCUGAUGCAGACAUCAUCUAUUGCACUCCAAGGAAGACUAGAUAGAAUCCCUCAGUUACUACUCAAUGGAUGUUAGGUUACUACUCUUUGUGGAAGACUAGAUAGAAUCUCUCAGUGCUUUUAAUUGGUUUUGACACUCUACUCGACAUCGGUAUUGAGUCGACAUAAUUAAGAAACGUUUAAAGUUUAUAGGCAGAUUUUUAAACCUGUUUUACAUUUUUCUUAUACAAAUGUUUUAAAUUGUCUUCGUGUCUUCAAGCUACACUGAGACCCCAACGUGUGUUCUGAUCUGACUGUGGGUGACCGGACUUGUACAAGGGUGCUAGAGGGAACUGCGGGUGGUGGUGGUGAUGAUAACCCUGGUUUCCUCACUCCUCUAUUUGUCCGAAGUGUGGCUGCUACAGCAAGACUUCUCUAGCCUGGUAUGUUUGUGCCGUCUUGACAACUCCUAGGGUACCAGGCUAGUGCGUCUCCUCCAUGAGGGGAUCCUGAUAUAAUGUGUGCUGUGCUGCCAUAUUCACUGUGACUAACAGGCCUAGCUACAUGGGAGGCCGUGGGCCCAGUACUGGGACCAGAUUCUAUCUAACAGGCCUAGCUACAUGGGAGGACAGGGGCCCAGUACUGGGACCAGAUUCUAUCUAACAGGCCUAGCUACAUGGGAGGACGUGGGCCCAGUACUGGGACCAGAUUCUAUCUAACAGGCCUAGCUACAUGGGAGGACGUGGGCCCAGUACUGGGACCAGAUUCUAGGAAGUGGAGCUGUAAUGUUGGUGGUCCUAUUGCCUCCAGGCUCUCGCUGUUCUCCCCUGCUGGCUGGUCAGCCGGCACCUCAGCCGGCCCCUCAGCCUGCACAGCUUCUCCUGGCCUCCCCUUCAAUCCCGGGGGUGUUGAGUGUACUGUACGCCAUGCCAUUGACUGUUCUGUUCCGUUCACCUGACUGUCAUACCAGUCAACUGGCUGUUAGCUCUCACCUAUCCUAUGUUAGCCUAUGGUUGAAUUCCUUCUACUCCUCUCUGGUCCGUCCAUGUGCUCUGUUUGUCUGUUCAAUGCACAUUCACUCAUCUCAUGUACUCCUCUUCAUCUGCUGCUGCCUCCUCUUUCUGACACCACCCUCCUCUUUCUGACACCACCCUCCUCUUUCUGACACCACCCUCCUCCUCUUUCUGACACCACCCUCCUCCUCUUUCUGAUACCACCCUCCUCCUCUUUCUGACACCACCCUCCUCCUCUUUCUGAUACCACCCUCCUCCUCUUUCUGAUACCACCCUCUCUCUGACACCACCCUCCUCUUUCUGACACCACCCUCCUCUUUCUGACACCACCCUCCUCUUUCUGAUACCACCCUUCGCCUCUUUCUGAUACCACCCUCCUCUUUCUGACGGCCUGCUCUUUCUGACACCCUCCUCCUCCUCUUUCUGACACCACCCUCCUCUCUCUGACACCACCCUCCUCUCUCUGACACCCUCUUCCAUCUGACACCCUCCUACUCUUCCAUCUGACACUACCCUCUUCUUCCUGCCUUUUAGUGUUCUCUCUCCUCUCCUCCAAACCCUUGGAUGUUAGGUGUUGUCAAUGGUUUAUCUUCUCAUUUCCAAGCAGCAAUAGCAGAAUGUCUAUACAUUCUGACCGGCUAAGAUUUAUAUAUAUAACUGGUAUCUUGAAGCAUAUUGUAUAUAUUAGUAGUCACCAUGGGGAUGACGACAUGACAAUGUAAACAACAAGUAGAAAUAAUAAGAAAGUGAGUCCUGUGUUCUCUCUCCAUUUGAGUAUUUUGUAAUUUUUUUGAAAAAUGUGUGGAAUUAAAAUAAACGAAUAAGUUACACCUCAA